UUUAGCAACUAGGAAGCCUCCCGGACCAACUCAAAAGGCGAAAAAGAACAGCAUUUUGCGCUUUUUUUUAAUUUGUGUGUCUAAACCGAACACGCCACUGCAAUAAUUUUUGGGGUGGAAGAUUAUUAUUAUUAUUAUUUUUUUUUUUUUUUUAUGGUUAUCGUAUGCUGCCAUGUAUCUCGGAGACGGCCUGCUGUUUGAACUGCAAAAUGGAAAACCCAAGUUGAUUGUCCUCAACCAAGGUGGAAAUCACGUCAAGAAUUGCCGUAGGCCUCGACCUAGAGGUGCCAAGACCCAAAUGGAAGAGAGCGGAACCUCCUAUAGGUCCAGCGGGACAGCGGCCAGAAUACGAGGCAGUCAAACGUCUCUCAAAAUAUGGGAGCGUCCUGCUCUAGCACCCGCAGCUAAAUCUGCAACAAAGCUUAAGUCAGAGCACCAGAAAGGCAGCUGCACAUCUGCCAAGGGAACAUCUUCACAAUCCGUCAUAACUUCUGGACCGUCAAAUUCACUCGGCGUCUACCAAGUGAGAGCCUUGGCGGCCUGUUCAAGUGGCGAGCAGGAGCUGCGCGACGUCCAGGACACCCUAGAGGAGCCUGGAGAGUCAAGUCUUCAUGUAGAAGGACAUGACAGAACAACAAAAAAUGGGAUACCACCUCAGGAAACAUCUUCACAAUCUGUCAUAACUUCUGGACUGUCAAAUUCGCUAGGUGUCGACCAAGCGAGAGACUUGGCGGCAUGUUUUAGUGGUGAGCAGGAGCUGCGUGACAUCCAGGACACCCCAGAGGAGCCUGGAGAGUCAAGUCUUCAUUUUGAAGAAGUAGCAGAAGGAGAUGACGGAACAACAAAAAAUGGGAUAUCAACCCAAGAAACUGUGUCGAAGUCUUGCGGAGGUCUGUUUGGCUGGCUGGAGCAGCAUGACAUUAACGCCAGAGUGUCCGAGGAAGCAAAAAAAUCGCAGCGGCUGCAGCAACAAAAUGCCCGGGUGGCGCUGAAGCAGCAGCACCUGCAAUGUUCAUCCUGCGCCGAGGAUGAAGGAGGAAGUGUGCACUCCUUACAGCUGCGGAGCCACCACAGAGACCAGCCGGCGGCCAUCAGGUCCAGCCUCAGACUCGGGGCAGUGACUCCCGAGGACGAGGCGUGGGCGUCCGAGAAGCGAGAGGAGCAGAGGAGGCUCUGGGUGGAGGAUUUGGACCGACAGAGGGAGGAGAGCAAACAACGCAGGAGGCGGGAGAAGAUUCUGCUGGCUCAGGAGGCGGAUCACCAGCAGUGGGCUGGGCAGUUUGAGUCGCUGCAGCGCAACGCUCCUGCGCCCGCUCUACCACCCCCUAUUGAACGAGGGCCAUCACCCGCUUUCUCCCUGACGGGGGACACUGACCACAACGCUCUCCAGUCGGCAGCCGCCGGAGCCAAAGAUCUAUCCAGUUGCAGCUAUCGUCGGAGCAUGACGGCCCUGCUGGACCCGGUGCAAAUGGAAGAACGGCAGAAGAGGAGGCUCAAGCAGCUGCAGCAACAGAAGGACAUCCAGGCUCAGGUGGAGGAGAAGCAGAAGCAAAGGCGAGAAGAGCAAGCCAGGAGGAGAGAGCAGGAGGAGGAGGAAGAGAGGAAAGUCACACUGGAAAGGGAUGUGCUGCGCAAGAGGUACCAGCUGGAGGAGCACAAGAAACAGGACCAAUGCAAGGAGCAGCCGAAAGGUGACGCUGAGGAUGGAGGAAAAAAUGAGUCGGUGGACAUACGUGUUCCACAUCUGGCGGAGAGCGUGGACAAGACAAGAGACAUGGCUGUGCAGACAGACACACCCGAUCCGACUCCUUUGACCUGCAAGAGCAAAGCUGGCAAGGAGAACAUAGCCGCCAAAGGAGGUUCCACGCCCAAGACUGAGAUCAAGACUGAGAAGACGAGGCCCGAUUGGAACAAGCGCAGGCCCGGCCGGCGCUUCAUCCCAGCGUCGGAGCGUUACCCGGCCACGCUGCAAAGGAGCAGACAAGAAAGUCGUCUCAAGAGGCAGGAGGAAAUGCUCGGUCUGCAGGAGAGGAACUGCCAGUCGCGGAAAGACCACUGGAAGCGUGCCAGUACCUCUGCUCAAAGGGAGCGCUCUCCUCCUGUCACGCAACCCUCACUCCAGUUCCAGUUUAUCCCAUAUAUUCGCACAGAGGACGUCAUCCACCUGGACCCCACCAACACCGCUUCUCACAGCCACACAGCAGCUACAAAGCAACAGCGACAACAGGAAAUCAUCAGAGGCCUGCAGCAACUACGACAGGGUUUGCUUCAGAAGCAGAAGGAGCUCGAGAGUGACCUGCGACGUGGUGACAAACAACGUUCGGCUCCCCCCAAGUGUUAAUAUUCUUGUGGCAAGCAAUUUUGUAGAAUCUUUGAGCGAAAAAGGGUUUCUGUCCCGCUCCAAUCGGCGCUUUCUAAUUUAUGCCAUUUGUCAGAAAUAAAUGUUUAGUGACAAACAU